AUGGAACGUAUGUUCGCCGCCCCGUUCAUCGGACAGUUAGGUCAAGGCCACGUCGACGGUGUCUAUUCCAUGGCAAAAGACCCGGGGUCACUGGAGAGAUUCGCCAGCGGAAGCGGUGAUGGUGUGGUCAAAGUAUGGGACUUGCCGACCCGCGACGAGUUCUGGAGUGUAAGGGCCCAUGAAAACGUGGUCAGAGGUUUGUGUUGGACUCCAGAAAGGAAGCUGUUGUCUUGCGCCACCGACAAGACGGUCAAAGUCUGGGAUCCAUACAACGGAAAGCAGAACGGAGUCCCUCUGGCAACUUACAUUGGGCAAGGAGCAUUCACUGGUAUCUCACAUCAUCGAGAUCAUCCUUCGUUUGCCGCGUCAUCCAGUGCAAUAUCGAUUUAUGACCUAUCUAGACCUUCCUCUGGGCCUUCUCAAGUCUUACGUUGGCCGACCUCGACGGACACGAUUACUGCCGUCUCUUUCAACCAGACCGAGACAUCUAUCUUGGCAUCAGCGGCCCUGGACAGAGCCAUUGUCCUCUAUGACCUCCGUACCUCUUCGCCUCUGACCAAAGUGGUUCUGAGGCUAGUGUCUAAUGCCAUCUCCUGGAAUCCAAUGGAAGCCUUCAAUUUCGCUGCGGCAAACGAGGAUCACAACAUCUAUAUAUUUGACAUGCGAAAAUUGGACAGGGCGCUAAACGUGUUGAAAGAUCAUGUGGCUGCAGUCAUGGAUGUCGAGUUUAGCCCCACCGGCGAGGAGUUGGUGAGUGCUUCGUACGAUCGGACUGUCCGACUGUGGAAUAGAGAUCGAGGGCAUUCAAGAGAUAUCUACCACACAAAGCGAAUGCAGAGAGUGUUCAGCUGUCGCUUUACGCCGGACAACAAUUACGUUUUGUCUGGCUCAGACGAUGGCAAUGUGAGAUUAUGGCGAGUUAAUGCAUCGAAUCGACAGGGCAUAAAAUCGGCAAGACAACGACAAAAGCUUGAGUAUGACCAGGCCUUGAUCCGGAGAUAUGCUCACAUGCCGGAAAUUCGGCGCAUCAAACGCCAUCGUCACCUUCCCAAAACUGUGAAGAAAGCAGCCGAAAUCAAAGGAGAAGAGCUCAAGUCGAUCAAGAGGAAAGAGGAGAAUGUGCGCAAACAUAGUAAGAAAGGCAGUAUGCCCCGACACAGCGAGCGAGAAAAGAUGGUGCUUGGAACCGAGAAAUGA